UUUCCCAUCUCUGAUCCAACGAUACAAGUUUCGCUGAAUUCACCAAAUAUUUACAUCAAAAUCUGCAGUGUUAAAUAAGAAAAUUAUUGUUCUUUGAAUUAAAGACACAACUAAAUUUAAAAAUUUAGAAUGAAAGAUACUAAGCCCUUCCCGCCGCUCAAGAAUGACAAUUUGUUGCGUGCUGCACGCGGCGAAGUUGUCGAUCGUGUUCCCGUUUGGGUGAUGCGUCAAGCUGGACGUUAUUUGCCUGAAUUUCAGGAAUUGCGCAAGCAACAUGACUUCUUUACGGUUUGCCGCACGCCGGAGUUGGCCUGCGAAGUGACCAUGCAGCCACUGCGACGUUUUGACCUAGAUGCCUCCAUUAUAUUUUCGGAUAUUCUGGUUAUUCCCCAAGCUUUGGGCCUAACCGUAGAAAUGCAUGCAGGCGUUGGCCCUGUUUUGCCUCAGCCAAUUGUAACACCCGAGGAUCUGAAGCGUUUGACUCCGGACGGAGCUCUGUCACGUCUCACGUAUGUGGGCGAUGCCAUUACCAUGAUGCGACAUAAGCUGGAAGGCCGUGUGCCAUUGAUCGGCUUCACUGGCGCACCCUGGACACUCUUGGGCUAUAUGAUUGAGGGUGGCGGCAGCAAGACCAUGUCCAAGGCAAAGGCCUGGCUGGCCAACUAUCCCGAGGACACCAAACUCUUCUUGAAUCUAUUAACCGAUGUGAUUGUGGAUUAUUUGGAGAUGCAGGUUGAGGCUGGCGCUCAAAUGCUGCAAAUAUUCGAAUCUUCGGCCGAGCACUUGAGCAAAGAGGAGUUCCUUACAUGGUGCGCUCCCUACUUGAAACGCAUACGCGACGAUCUUGUGGAGCGGCUUACCAAGAAAGUGAUUCCCUUGGUUCCACUUACACUUUUUGCCAAGGGUGCCGGACAUUCGCUGAAGGAACAAAGCGAGCUGGGCUAUGAUGUCUUAGGUCUGGAUUGGACUGUAGAUCCGGUAGAAGCAAGACGUCUCGUUGGCCCCAACAUUACAUUGCAGGGCAAUCUGGAUCCACAAGAUAUGUACCGAGAUGCCGGUGAGCUGCGAACUCUGACCACUGAAAUGGUGCAUAAAUUUGGAAAGUCACGCUACAUUGCAAAUUUGGGACACGGAAUUACGCCACAAACGCCAAUUGUUAGCAUGGAAGUGCUUGUGGAGGCGGUGCAUCAGGCGUUGUAGAUAACGAAUAAUGUUGAAUGGCAUGUUUUCUAUUUUGUAUUUAUAUAAUAAACACAUUUUGGCCUUGGGUUA